GAUAAAUUAAAUACUGUUGUUGGCUGAAAAUUCCGUAACCUUGAUUUUAAAGCACAUUUGGGUUAGACACUGAAACAAGAAGAAGGUGCUAAUUCAAAUAUUUCAAUAUGCAGUGGAUUACGAUAGCAUUACUUGGAACUUUGGCUGGGUAUGUAUCUUGUGAUAUGAAGAAUUUCCUGAUUGCAGCUGAAAAAUGUGAAGAAAAUAGAAACGCGGACAUAUUAAAAGAUUUUAGUUUUUGCAAGACACAGUCAAGAUUUUUCAACUGCUUAUCUGAAGCUGUUUUCAAUCAAAACGUGAAAUUCCACAAGGAGCCGUAUCGUGUAUUAUUUGCAUUGAAAGAGGCUUGUUUACCUGGGACAACAUUGCAUAAAGAACUGCAGGUUUCAGCUGAUUGCACUCUUGAAACAAUUCAAGAUUUCACGGAAUGCAUUGGAGAUCCUUCUCCUCUUUUAGAGAAAAGUAUUAAAGAAAGAAGUAAAAUGCUUUGUCCGAAGCUUGACAGUAUGACUCAUUGCAUGCAAGUCAGUGUAAAAAAUAAGUGUAAAAAGGUGUCAUCGACCGAUUUCUUCCUUAUCCUGGUUGAGCCGAUUAUAUCUUUCCAGAAGAGAUUGUGCCAACUACUGAACAGCAAAUAGGAAAAGUAACUGAACCCAUAAGAAGAAUCUAAGUCAAAUAAAGUUGUUUUAAAAUAUCAAA